AUGCCUACCUGUGUCAUACCUAACGGAUCAAAAGGUAAACUUCUUCUCACAAAACUCAAAAAAGAAAUAGCUCAUGCUUUACAUGCAGUCGAACAGCGUAAUAAUGUUGGUGAAUUAAAAACGGUGAAAGAUACUGUAAAAAGUGAAGAUCAGCACCAGAUUGUCUGUGAUGAGAUAUAUACAAAUCAAAAAUUUGUUGUUCAAUCGUGUAAUCGUAAGCCAGUUGAUCAUGAAGUAUCAAUUGUUAUAGAUGGUACAAGUUGGUCGAAUGAUUGUAAAAAACACAUUAACUAUCAUAGAAAAAUGUUUCUAAAGGACAUAAAAUUAAUUAUUGGAGUUUCGAAUUUGUGCAAUGAGAAAAGGAGUGAUAAUAAUAUUUUAUUAAAACAAUUUAUUUCUGCAGAAUCGCAAGGUACAAUAUGGAACGAUCUAAUUGAUCUUGUACAAACAUCAUUCUUACUCUUAAUUUAUGAUGGAAUAUAUUUCGAAUUAAAAAAUGAAAUAUUAGAUGACUUACUACGAAAUUAUUUAUCCACAAAAGAUGGUUUAACUCGUUUUCCGCUCUUCAAUGGCUUUGUUUUGGGUUCUGUUCAUUCUCAUCGUUCAAAUCAUUGGACUUUAAAUUGCUAUCAAUAUUUGUAUGAAACAUAUCAAUUAAUUAUUGAUCGAGGUUAUUAUCAUUCAAAUGAAGAUGGUUCUCUUCGUUGUACUUACGGUGAUGGACCCAUAUUUGGUCGAACACAACAAUUUAAACAAUAUCCAUUUGAUAAAAACUUACUUAAAAACUUAAUUAUACUCGAUUGGACACUCCUGUUAAAAACAAACGGAAUUUCUAUAAUAACCAAUCCUCAUGUUAUGUAUACGAUAAAUGACGUAUCUCUGCUAAAAACUAUUAUUCAAAAUCGUUCACUCGUAUUAGAAUUCUGUAAGAAAUGGCAAAUUAAUUAUCUGAACUACAAGCCAUCUCGUAUAAGUCAUCGUUUCGAUGAUUGUGAGGAGAUGAAUAUAAAAUGCAAUGCAAGAACAAAUGCAAGAACAUAUAUAUCCGCACAGUGCUGCUUAAACGAAUUAAUAAUAGCGAUUCAAAGAGUGUUGAAAAUGCAUAAACAAUAUGGUAUUAAAUGUUUAGUUGAUAGUGGUACAGCAUUAGUCAAAUUCGAUUCCGUUUUGCCGUGGGAAAUUGAUGGUGAUAUACUUUGUGAGUUUCCGUCAGCAAAUACCACAUUGGUCAUUCAAGAAUUACUUUCCAAGUAUUCCUAUAAGACUCAACAAUUUGAUUAUCGACAAGUUAUACGAACAAAAUAUUGGGAUAUUGAAAUAUAUUAUCAAGUAUUGUUAAGAACAAAUUUAUCCCUUAUACGUUUUGGAAAUGGAUGGAUACCAACAUUCGAUAAUCCAGGCAAGUAUAUUCGCGAUCGCUACGGGCCAAGUGUUUAUCGUCACGCGAUUAGCUGGAGAUUUGAUGCACAAACGAAACACAGCUUUGAACAAUAUAAAACUGGCGUGUUUCCUCUAUGUCCCGAACCCGGACAUCAUUCCUGUUUAGAUUUGUUACCGACUGAUGGAAAUAUUCAAAUAAAACACAAGAUUAACAGUAUUGUAAAUAGUCAAAGAAUUAUAUCAAAAAUUCCCGAUGGUGAUAAUAUUGAUAUUAAUCAACAAAAGUGGGCUUGUGAAAUCGAAGGUCAAGUAAAUCGUCCAAAAUUUCAUUCAUUUAUUAAAUUUAUACGAUCAUGGACAAAUAAUACAAUUUAUACAAUUGAUGUUAGUCAAUCUCAAAAUGUCACUUAUCAGGACAAUACUCUCAUUUUUUAUACAAACGAUGUUCCAUGGACUAAAGGAGAACAAUAUUAUAUCUUGUUUGAUGAAGGUGUACUCUAUUCGAAUGAAAGACAAAAUUCAACAGUUCAACUAGAUGAAAAUUUUUGGAAAUUUCAAGUUUCUAAUGUACAAGCGAGAGAUUUAGAUAUAGCGAAAAAUAUUUUCGAUUCGACUGAGUCGUCGAACGAUCCAACAUCAACGUCCGACCCGUCGGACAACCAACCGGCAUCAGGCUCAGUUGCUCAUAAUAUAUAUGAAUCUACUUCUCCAACAUCUCUCCCAGGAUCGUCCGAUGAUGGUGCUACUGGAACUUCGACUACAAAUACAUCCGCAUUAACAACAACGACUAGUACAGAGACCACAUCGACGACACAAGUUAUUAUUACUACCAGUACGACGAUAGAAAUUGGUACUAAUACUAGUACGACGACACAAGUUAUUAUUACUACCAGUACGACGAUAGAAGUUGGUACUAAUACUAGUACGACGACACAGUCUUCGAGUAUACCACCUCCCAAACAAGGUGAACGACCACCGACAAAAGCUGCUCAACUUGGCAUGGGAUUAGGAAUUGUGUUUUGUGCUCUUAUUAUUGCAGGUGAAAUUAUAUUUUUUAAAUUUUUUUAUCAUGGUGCACAAUCGAUGAGAAGUGUACACUAUCGAAUGAGUUCAGCAUACGAUUAA